AUGCUCAAUGACACGAUACAGGUUGAUAUUGAUUUGCGAGGAUAUGCUGGUUGGAAUUCAAGGCAUGCUGUGCAGGUUCUGGAUAAAGUUUUUCCCAAGGAUGCCCCUGUGCAACCUUCAUUGGUUAUUGUCUACUUUGGUGGUAAUGAUUCUUCUACUCCCCACUCAUCUGGCCUAGGUCCUCAUGUGCCUCUCCAAGAAUACAUUGAAAAUUUGAGGAAGAUCGUUGACCAUCUCAAGAGCCUCUCAGAGAACACUCGCAUUCUACUUCUCAGUACUCCUCCCAUCAAUGAAGCAACAAUUACGCCAAACAGUGAACGCAGUGAUGGGAAACCAACAAAGACAAAUGAAGCUUGUCAAAUAUAUUCAGAAGCAUGUUUGGAUGUGUGCCGGAAGAUGAAUAUCGAGGCCAUGGAUUUGUGGUCUGCUAUUCAGAAAAGAGAUAACUGGCAAGAUGUUUGCUUCAUUGAUGGAAUUCACCUGUCAUCUGAGGGAAGCAAGAUAGUGUUGAAAGAGAUACUGAAUGUCCUCAAAGGUGCAGAAUGGGAACCUAGUCUAUAUUGGAAAUCAAUGCCAAGUGAGUUUGAUGAAGAUUCACCAUAUGAUCCAAUUGCAUCUGAUGGAAAGUCAACUGUUAAUCUUUCCAACUGGGUCUUCCCUGACAAUGACAAAUGGGACUAGACUUUAUAUGUGCAUUAACAGCGAGUCACUGAAUUGCAUCGAACGAAAAUGCUUAUUUUUAUCUUUUUUUGUGU